AUGAUUUUCUCAACCUUGGACAAAGUGAAGUCAAAUUUGAAUUAUAAGAGGAGCAAUGGUGGUGCCUCUGUUGACGAAGAAGAUCAUGAAGAAGAGAGUCAAGAAGUUCAAAAGGCCCCACAGCGAUUGGAAAAUCUCGAUCAAGGAAAACUGGCGCUGACCAAAGGAAGAAAGUUUAAGGGAUGCACUCUGAUGCCUAAUAUUGGCUAUGGCUCUGACAAGAAGACUCGUCAUUAUCUUCCCAACGGUUUUAAGAAGUUUGUUGUGCACAAUGUUAAAGAGCUUGAGGUGCUGAUGAUGCACAACAGCACUUACUGUGCAGAGAUUGCACACAAUGUGUCCACAAGGAAGAAGAAAGAGAUUGUGGAGCGUGCUGCUCAGCUUGACCUGGUUGUCACAAACAAGCUAGCCAGGUUGCGCAGCCACGAGGAUGAAUGA